AUGAGAGUUUCCCUCCGGUAUCCUCAACUACUUCCAUCCAUCCGACACGCAUCUUCUUCCCCCAUACCCGACUUUCCCCUUCCUGAAAUACACCUCGGUCUAACCCAUCGAAAUCGCUAUCAUCAACAUUACGACUCCACCCUCUCUACCGACCUAAUGUACAUGUCCUAUGAUCCUCGUAUAUCUCAUCGACCUCUUUCAUCACCUCCCACACUCGAGCCUCAAACACCUUAUGAACUCAACCGUCCCACUCCACCUCUUCGUGGUAAUCGUCCCGCACGUCCCUCCACCAAACCCAUCACACCGGAAACCAUCCCCAAACUCGAAUCUAUCGUUCUACACACCAUGGUCAAAGAAGCCAUCGGGAGAAAACAAAACCUCUUAUCUGCCAUACAAGCCUUACGUGUGAUUUCUGGCGAAUCGCCCAACGGAGGUGGUCGACCAGGUUCAUCAGGAGUGCAGAUCGUCAAUUCUAGAAUCGGUGCUUCAGCGUUUAACAAGCUCCGAGCUGGUAUGCCCAUCGCUGCCAAGGUGGAAAUUAAGGGAGAAGCCAUGUACGAUUUCAUACAAUCACUCGUGGAUUUCGUACUUCCUCGUAUUCGAGAUUGGCCCGGAGUGCCAUUACCCCCUUCAUCAGCGAACAAAAUGUCACCCAGUGCUUUGGCGGGUAUCGUCAGUUUCGGUCUGCCUGCAAAUGCCAUGGGAUUGUUUCCCCAGAUCGAAUCGAACAUUGAUAGUUAUCCGAGAUUACAUGGGUUUCAUAUGUACUUCAAGACGAACGCGAGGGGAGAAAGGGCUCAGGAGCAGGCGAGGGCUUUGUUGAGUGGAUUCAGGAUACCGUUCUACAGGAAGUAG